AUGCUCUCUCUGAGUGCAUCUGAGCAACAAGCCUAUGACUUGGAAAAGGCAAAGACGAUAGAGUAUCUCGACGCUGCAUUGGCUUCAGCAAAGCCGCGAGAUGGCUACAGAAACGCGCUGGAAAAGGUUAACGCCUUAAGACUCAUCUGUGAGCUUGGCUGUUACCGCAAGGAAAAUAAGUUCAAGACUUUGGCACCCCAAAACGGUAGAGCUAGGUCUCGGUCGGCUCCUGGAACACCAGUUGGACCGUUGACGCCCAUGACACCGACCGAGGAAGACGAAGACAACGACACAGGGCUAGACACCGACCUAGCUUGGAGGCUCGAGCAAUGUUUCCCAUCGUGUAGCGACUCUAAACGGAACGGUUUCCUUGCCUCUUCCCGUGGCCAGCCACGCACAGAAUCAAUUGGAACUAUACCGCCGCAUCUGUUGCCUACCAAGGUCAGGGCUCUAUUGGUAGACCUCCAGCAGUGCAAAGAGGGAACGAAGAGAUCCACCAUCCUUGACGUAACAGCUGCGGCUCUCAACGAUGCUGGUAUAAGUUGGGUUCAAAUUGAUGGCAGGUACGUCUUGGAUAUACAGGACGGGAAGCGAGAUCUUACGACCUUGCUUUUGAAUGCCAAAACAAACACGGAUGGUCAAGUCAUGGGAAAAUUGAAGUCGAGCACGUGCAUGCAGUCUUCAUCGCGUGAAUUUGAUUCCUGGAUAAGCGCCACCAUGUUGAUAAACGUUUCUAAUGCACUCAGGAAGUUGAUGGCCAUGAAGUAUAUUCAUAGCAACGCCAAGUCCGCUUCUAUUCGCCCUUAUGUGCAUAUGAAAGAGCUUUUGUUGCUGGUUAUUUAUCAGACAGGUCUUCUUAUCUUUUGA